CGUCUUUUUAUCAGCUCGUGCUAAAAUUCUAUAUUUAUACUUUUAAUUAUUUCAUUUUCAUACUUUCAUGUUUUGAAAGCAAAAAUAAGCUGUUUUUAAACCACCUGUUUUUAGCUAUUUCAUAAACUUUAAAAUUGUCGAAAACAUGUCAAUUUUACCAAUUCCCCCUGCAACAACAAUAAUUAUAACACAAAGUUUGGAAAAGUUUCCUAAUGUCAGACAGUUUCUCGAAGCUCUGGUCAAAACUACAAAAAUAGAGAAACGACAAGUUGGAAGAUCAUUUCAAUACAGUAAAGAUGUAAAGAGAAAGCGUCUUAAUUCAGAAUAUGGAGUUUUUGUGAAUUAUUUUAUACGAAAACAUUUAUCCAAUCAAUUUAAUAUAGAAGCAAUGGAUGCAAAUGCCGAAGAGAUUUUAAAAAAUCCAAGUGAUUACAUUACUGGUGACAAUCUGAUAUUGCGAAAUUUAAUUAAAGAGCAUUAUGAAAUUUUUAAAGAUCCAAACAACAAGGCCAUGGACAUAAUUAAAAGUAUUAAAAUUGUAUCACUAUCAAGUCUAAUAUCAGCUCACCGCCAUGUACCGAAAAGUGGUUAUACUGUGAACGAGGAUAAUUUGCUAGAAAUUAUAGAUUAUUUGGAAAAGGUUCCCUAUAAGUCUGUCAUCUUAAAUCCCCAACUAGAUUGUGAUUAUUUUACCGCAGAUGCCGAUUUGAUAUUUGAUGAUGAAGUAAUAUAUGAAAUAAAUACGUCUAAAUAUGAAUCCCUUUCACUGUGUGGGUCGAACUUACCGUUAAGUAGAAUUUAUCUAACCAUUAUCUAUGGAUUUGGCUUCUAUAAGAAAACGGGUAAAAAAGUAAAACAAUUCAAAAUCUACAAUACAUUAUUGGGUGCAGAGUUUUCAGUUGAAUUGCAUAAUAUUGAUUACAAGUUAUUCGAAGAAGUUCUUAGGCAAGAUGUUGCUGUCUAUAGUCGCCUUGAGCUCGAAAAAAGAUCAAUUUCAACAAUACCCCUAGCAACUAGAGUAGCACUAACAAGUUUGGAUAUCUUUCCUAAUGUCAAGCAGUUUUUCGAAACUCUAGUUAAAGAUACAAAAAUCGAGGAACGACAAAUUGGAAGCUCAUUUCAAUAUAGUGAAGAUGUAAAGAGAAAUCGUUAUUUUUUAGCCCAUGGAUAUUUUGUGAAUUAUUUUAUAAGAAAAUAUUUAUCCAAUCAAUUUAACAUAGAAAUAAUGGAUACAAUAACCGAAAAGAUUUUAAAAACGCCAAGUAAUUACAUAAUUGGUAAAAAUCUUACAUUGCGAAAUUUAAUUAAAGAGCAUUAUGAAAUUUUUAAAGAUCCCAAUACCAAGGCCAUGGACAUAAUUAAAAGUAUUAAAAUUGUAUCACUAUCAAGUCUAAUAUCAGUUCGCCACGAUAUACCGCAAAGUGAUUAUACUGUAAACGAAGAUAAUUUGCUAGAAAUUAUAGAUUAUUUGGAAAAGGUUCCCUAUAAGUCUGUCAUCUUAAAUCCCCAGCUCGAUUGUGAUUAUUUUACUGCAGAUGCCGAUUUGAUAUUUGAUGAUCAAGUAAUAUAUGAAAUAAAGACCUCUCAAUAUAAAUCGCUUACAUAUUACGGGUCGAACUUACCAUUAAGUAGAUUUUAUCUAACGAUUAUCUAUGGAUUUGGUUUCUAUAAAAAAACGGGUAACAAAGUAAAAAAAUUCAAAAUCUACAAUCCAUUAUUGGGAACAGAGUUUUCAGUUGAAUUGGAUAACAUUGAUUACGAGUUAUUCGAAGAAGUUCUUAGGCAAGAUGUUGCAGUCUAUAGUCGCGGUGACCAUGAUUACAUAACAAAACUACUGAACACUAAUAAAUAAGCUACACAAAUCUCAUAUUCAGCGCAUCGAAAAAGAGUUGAUUUUUUUAUUAGUAAUGUGAAAAACCUAAGAAACAUUUAGUAAUAAGUUUUAAACUGAAAAAAUAAAUUAAACUAAAAACCCUAAAUUAACAAAUAAAAACUACAUACAUA